AUGUUUACUUCUCGUGUCAUCGCACGCUCGCCCAAGCUCCUCUCAGCAACCGCCUCGCGCAUCACAUCCCUUUCCCUCUCCAAGCCAAUAUAUUCCAUCCGCCCAAUCACAUGCAGUACCAAGCUCUACAAGGAGGACAAGCGCACCCCUAGCGCCGCCGGACGAGCUCUCGACAAUGAAAAGUCUCACGAGGGAUCUUUCGGUCGUACCGAUAAGACCAUUCGCAUUGAACACCCGGACGAGUCUGACCACCCACCGUCCAAGCCCAUUCAGGGCCGCGGUGGGCUUCAUUUCAAGAGAACAUUGGCUUCCUUUACGCUUGAGGGUGGUGUGGCUGUCGUAACCGGCGGGGCUCGAGGAUUGGGCCUUGUCAUGAGCCAGGCUUGCGUCAUCUCCGGCGCCGACGUAGCCAUUGUCGACUUGAAUAAGGAGGAAGGCGAUCGCCAGGCACAGGAGCUCAUGAGACACUUUCAGGAGGAGAAUCCUGGCGCUGAGAUCAUUCCUAAAGUCACGGCCCACUACUGUGACGUGUCUGACCACGUGUCGGUCAAGAGGGUCGUUGCUGACAUUGUCAAAGACCACGGCAAGAUUGACCACCUCGUUACAUCUGCCGGCUUCACCGAAAACUUCGAUGCCAUCGCAUAUCCGCCAGACCGCAUGAAGAAGCUCUGGGGGGUCGAUGUCGACGGCACCUACUUUUUCGCCUGCGAAGUAGCUAGGCAUCUCAUGGAGCGCAAGGUCAAAGGCUCCAUGGUCAUGAUCGGCUCCAUGUCAGGCGCCAUUGUCAACGUGCCUCAACCACAGGCGCCCUACAACGCGGCCAAAGCCGCUGUUCGGCAUUUGGCAUCCAGUUUGGCCGUUGAAUGGGCACAUGCUGGGAUCCGUGUCAACGUGAUUGCUCCGGGUUACAUGCUGACCGCGCUGACGGGAAAAAUCCUCGACGACAAUCCAGAGCUUUUCAAGCACUGGACCUCCCUGAUCCCACAGGGCAAAAUGGGGCAGCCGGAGGAUUUGAUGGGAGCGGUCACUUAUCUCUUGAGUGAAGCUUCAGGCUACGUUACCGGCGCCGAGCUGAGGGUGGAUGGAGGCUAUACCAUCACUUAG